GUGGCGGUGGCGGCGGCUGCGACGGGGCCCAACGGCGAGAAGCGGUCGGAAAAAUGGCGUCCGAUAACGAAGCCUCUUGCGCGAGUGACCCAAAUUUCGCGGUGAUCUGCUCGUUCCUCAGCUGUUUCGGCAAGUCCUGCGGCAUCGUCUAUCCGGACAUCGCUCGGCUCCAGGAGAUGCUCGAGAACACGCAGGAAGUGUCGCAAGAAUUAAUAGAUCUGCACAUCAAGUUGUUGCGGAAAACGCGUAAAACUGUGUCACCAGAAAAGUGGGAAAGGGCGCUAGUCAAAUUUUGCCACACGUAUUCGAAUCAGGAUGGAUGGGAACUUGAACGCUUUGGUUACAAGAAAGCUCGCAUUGCUGUUAAACUGCGUUUACUUAAAGUAUUAUUGGAAACACAAUUUGACUUAAAUCAAAAGUUUAAGAACGAAGUGAACAAAUUGGCAGCUGCCGAAUUGCGUGUGGAACCUUUAGGGAGGGACAAAAGUGGAUUAGCAUACUGGUGUCAACUGGACGAAGAGUGCAACAUAAGAGUUUAUAGGGAAGAUUUAGACGAAGAGAAUUGGGAAUUAGUAGCUAAGGAUCGGGAAGGUGUUGUUAAUCUCAUAAAUAUCCUGUCAAAUGGCGAAAUUGGAGCUAUACCAAUUAAUGAAGACAGUAACAGCUUAGAAAUUUCUGAGAAACCUAUAAUCGAUACCGGACAAGUAACAACAUCUCCAAGCUUGGAGGACGAAACUGUGCAAGAGAACGUCGACGAGAUGAAGCAAUUGCCAAACGGUAGAGGUGAGUUUGAGGAUGAACGAGAACAGGAGCAAGAUCAAGUUCAGAACGAUAACGUUAAUGAAGUUGAUAAAGAGGAAGAAGAUGCUGAAGAUGAAGAUGAAGACAUUGACGCAGAAGAGGAAGAUGUGACGAAUGAUGAAAGUUCCAAGCAAAUUACGGAGGAAGACGAUUCUCAAGAGGUGCCGCAAAUUCCGAGCGUAGAAUCAAGAAGUUUAAAUAAUUCAUCUUCAUUAUCAACGACUAAUUUAAAAGCAUUAAAUACAAAAGUGGACGUAACAUCGGUAGAUGCGAGCCACAGAGAGGCUACUGACGAAACGUCCGCUUUAUCGAUAUUAGAAAGCAAACCCUCGAUAAUUCAUAAACAGAUCGGUACGAAAGCCGAAGUUGAGGAAUCGGCAUCAUUAAAAUCUAUCGAAACACCUGUUAUUACUUUAUCUCCACUAAAACUGGUAAAUAUUACAGAAUUGAAACAAUCGCCGGAAGAAAAAUUAGUAAGUCCAACAUCCGUUAUCGCACCCUUAAAUGCGGUGAAGAAACACGGUGUUUCCGACGAGACGAUAGAGCCUAUCGUAAAGUCUCACGAGAAACCUAGCAAGAACAAUUUAGCUUUCUCGCCUACAGAUUCUGUUGCUAUGGGGCACAGCAAACUCUCCGUUAAACCAAUCGAUCAGUUGGCUGCAAAUCUGGUAAGGAUACAAACAGAAAAAUUGGAGAAGCCAAGCGGGCCGAAGUCGCUAGAAAAGAUAGCUGAAUCUCUAGCAAGGUCUAGUAGUAUGUUGGGAAAUAUGGUGAAUGGAGAGGAUGACAGACUGCCGCAAGACUUUUGCGCGAGAAAUCAAUCCGAAAAAUUGACGCACAGAAGUCACCGAGGCAUAGACUUAUCAACGUCACCGCGUGGCUGGGAAAACGCAAACGAACAAAACAGACCGGUAGAUUUCUCUGGAAUUGAUCUCUCUAGUCGAAAAUUGGGAAAAACAAUGGACUUACCUUCUCCUGGCUACAGGACGCAAGAUUUCCAGCACCGAGAAAUGGAUCUGAGCACGAAAAAGGCGAACAAACCGGAAGUGUCGAAUCUGCCAUAUGACGCGCGCAACGUAAUGUUACGUAAUCAUGUGAUGGUAGCUGAUCUGAGCAAGAGACAAAUGCCAUUCAGCGCGUAUGAGACGCCGUAUCAUAAUACAGCUAGAUUACCUGCCAAGGAUGAUCACAGAUUGCCAAGCUAUGCGAUACUUUCCGAUCCUAGCAAGAUCACGGCGCUGAGGAUGAAUAGCACACCUCUGAAACGCCCCCUAGAGGACGACGACAUGCAGCAAGAUAUGCUGAAGAGGAUAAGAACAGAUGUAAUGCCAAUCAGAGGAUCCAUGGAUAAAAGACCGAUGAUGAGCGGCAACUGGAGAGACGAGGUAAGUGAGGCCAUCGAGGAACCUAUAAUGAUGGUUCAGGGCGAGGGAUCUGGCAGCGAUUGCGAUGCAGUGAAUCCCAUUGUCGGAGAGACUAUAGAGGAACCAACGGUUUUUUUCUAUGGCGAGGGUUCCGGCGCGGAAUGCGAGACGGGUAAUCCCGGCGACGACGCGCCCACUGACAAUAAAGAAAGCAACGAAUCAAAAACCGAACCUGACUCAGCUACCACGGCAUUAUCGCAGAAUAAGGUUUUAACCGAGGACGAGGUAUCUACGGGUUCGAUACUGUCAAACAAAACCCCUGUAAAAUUAAAUAGAAACUAUCCGCAGUCUAAUGUUAGCAUAAACGAUAAUUAUCAAAUAGUAGAUUCUAUGCAAGAGAAGCCAAAGUUCAAGCACACAUUAGGCGUCCAGAUAAUACCUAAAAGUACAACUGGUCCUAUCAAAAGGGUAUCCAGGUGGGACGUGGGAAAACCGGAGGAGAAGAGAGAAUGUGACAGUAGUAUCAUAUCAAACGAAGGAGACAUAUCACUGAAGAAAAAUACAGAUAAUCACGGGCGUGAUAACGUAGAAGAGAAAUUGUUGAGUGUUGAUGCCGAAUCAGCUAAAACUGGAUACGAAAAUUCCGCCGAUGUGAGUCAAGGCGUCAAGGUAGACGACCUUGUAAAAGUAAGUAGUGAAACCAUCGAAGAUAGUGUUAAACUGCAAGUGUCCGACGUAAGUUCGGAAAACAUAAGUACAAUGAAACAGGAAAAAGACUCUGAUCUUCAAGAGCAGCCCGUGCAGUGCGAUUCGUCGAUAUCAUCAUGUCAGGCAGACACAUCGCAGGAACCCGAAUCAUAUGUAGAUCCUGAACCUACGACAGCUUCAACCAGCGCACAAAAUUUAUCCGAUUCGAGUAGCACAGUUUCACAUGAGUCGAAUACCCCCGAAGUAACGAAUAACGAAUGCAAACCAGCGCCCGCAUCUCCACCGAGAUUUUUUUUUGGUCCCAAUUGCAUCUCGUACACAUCGAAAUCCGAUGAAUUAGAAUCUCAGACGGAGCAAAGGCUGACCACAUCUGUUGACGAUAAAACGGAUACUGUGCAAUACGAAUGCGUAUCUUCGUCGAAAUCAGCGGAUGACGCAGUUUAUUCGUAUGAAAAAACGGAAGAUUUUGACUUGACGCAAACCAAUAAUAAUUCGUUGAAAUCAGAUCUGUUUACUUCAGAAUCUGACAACGUUUCAUGUGGAAAUAAUAGCAAAGACAUAGAAAAAGUUGAAACGCCAAGUAACACAUGGGAUACAACGGAAGACGAAACUUUAGCUCCUAACAGCUCGAUAGAUCCAAGCAGUAUGUCUGAGUGCAAUGUUGCUAAUUCAACUCUCGCACAAGUUGAAACGGAGGCAAAUAAAGAAUUAAAUGUGGAAGAAUUUGUUUGUGCUGAUAAGGAAGAAGAUGACUGCUCAAAAUUGCAUAUAAGCUCUGCACCAGAGAUGGUUACUGGAAAUGAAAAUGUUAAUGAUGUAAAUAUGAUUGAAGAAAAUACAAUUAAAAUCAGUUCGAACAGCGACGAAUCCAACGUUCAAACGGCAGAAUGUAGGAUGGCUGAACUACCGCAAUGCGAUCAGUCCACUGAUUCUGGAAAUUUCGUAAGUACAGAGACUCUGGAAGAUUCUUUUAAAGAAUCGGAUGAUGUUACAUCGCAACUGCUGGAUGAUAAAGAGAACAGAGAUGAAAAAUUAUUAGUCGAUGAUUUAAAAAAUAAGGAUGACUAUCAUUCGGAUAAUACAAACGUUUCUAAGGAAGAGAAAAGUAGAAUUGAAUCCGAGACAACGGCGCAUUCAUCUUUAUCGCCACAAAAUUCGCAAACAGAGCUGGCCGAUCUCAGGGAAUUUGAGGAAGUUAACAACUCGAACGAGCUAUUAGAUUCUACGAGUGCAAUAGAAUCUGUGAAUUAUCAGGAAACAAACAGGCUUGAGAAGACCGAUUUAGAUUUUAUCGGAGAAAACUGCGACAAGCAGAGUGAUAAGAAUGACAAUUUCUCCGAAAUUGAUGGCCAAGAGGAUCAUUCGACCGACACGGACAACACGGAGAAGAUGAAAGGUCUAGCCGGUUCUGAUGCCGAUUCGUUAUGUGUUAAUUACGACAAAAAUAGCGAAAGAACUGAUGCAUUGUCAGAUGCGGGAACCCAAGAUGAUGGAUCGGGUGAUUCUGAAGAAAUUAAAGACAAAGGAUUGAACGAUGUGCAAGUUAACGAUACUGUGUUCGGUAUAGUUUCCGAAACACACCUUCCCGAAAAUUCUACAGUGACUAGUUCGGAGUCUGUUCAAGAAAGUGAUAAACACGAUGUAGUUCCUACUAUAAGCAGUUCAGACGAUGCCUCUGUACAAGACUCUUCAUCUCAGGAGAGUGAGCCUGUGCGAAUAGAUGAUGAAAAGGUGGAAAAUACUUCGUCUGACACUGAUAAGCCUUCUACAUUCAAUAUUUCGCCUGCAACGGUGCCUGAAACAAAUAUCUUCGAACUGUCCAAGUCUGAUAUUGUUGAAACUGUGAAAGAAACGAGUUCGUCUAACUUAGUUCAGUCUACAAGUGAGUUUAUCGAUAAUACUUAUGAAAAUCCCAGUUCUUGCAUUGACCAAGAUUCGAAUGAAGAAAUGGUUAUAGAUGAUCGUGUGUCUGAAUCGAAUGAAUCGUUUAAAGAAAUUGAAGAAACAAAUGCAACAAAUGGCGAACAAUUAAAAGAUACAACGCCAAAAAAUAUAACGCAAGAAGUAUUAGAAUUUGAAAAAGAAACUUUAGUAAAUAUUGAACACGAAUCUUGUCAGUCUGAAACUGAUUUGUCAGUAACAGAAGCUGAAAUCUUAGAAAAAGAGAAAUCUGAAACUGAUGCAGACAGCAAAUCUGAUAAUGAUCUUGAAGAAUCGAUCGUAAAAAUUGAGAAUGAAACUUUUAAUACAGAUAAACAAGAUGGGAUAGUUGCGGAUAAUGCCUGCAAAAUUAAUAGAAAUAAAGAGGUUGUCGAAAAUGUAGAAAAAUCGAAGACAGAUACAACAACUAUAAUUAUUGAACAAUCGGAGACAGACAUAAUUGUAACUGCUAAACAACAAUCGGAGAUAGAUACAACUACAACUGCUGAAUCAUUAGAGGUAGAUACAACAACUGUAAUUACUGAAAAAUCUGAAAUAGAUACAACAACUGCAAUUACUGAACAAUCAGAGACAGAUACGACUGCAACUGCAAAACAACAAUCGGAGAUAGAUACAACUGCAACUGUUGAACAAUCAGAGAUAGAUACGACUGCUACUGUUGAACAAUCGGAGAGAGAUACAACAAUUGUAACUGGUGAAAAAUUGGAGACAAAUGUUGUAGAUGAAAUUUCUAACGAAUCACAAGUGAAGGUAGCGAAUGUUAAUACACAGUCAUUAGUUGCGAAUUAUGAUAGUGAUUCCAAUGAUAAUGGUAGUAAUGAUGUUUUUGAACCUGAUGUGAUGAUAAGCGAUUCUAAGGAUGAUGCUGUUGCCUCAAUAGAGCAAAAAGUGAAUGAAGAGCAGUGCGAAAAAUUACUUGUUGAAGAAGAGAACAUUGACAGCACAAAUUUAGUUUCUCAUGUACCUCAGGAACCAGCGUCUGCCGAGCAACAGUUAGAAUCUUCAGAAACGAAAAUUGAUGAAAUAUUAAAUCAAGAUGUGACUCUAGCUAUAGAGCAAGAUGUAAAAAUUAAAGAACAAGAGUAUGCCGAUGAAACGCAAAUAAAAUCUGUUUGCAAUAACAUUGAAUAUCAUUCCGAAGAUCAGCCAACAAUACCUUUAAAUAAGGGUGAACUUCAAGAAGAAACUGAUAUUCGCGACACUUCUGUUACUGACGAUUCUAAAAUGUCAGAAAUGUCAUCAGAUGUGACGAAACUUUCAGUAACUCCGGUCACGACUGAGAUAACUGAAUCUCUUCAGAACAAGACUUUCGAGAUGACGACUGAUUAUAGCGAGAAAAAUGAAGAAUAUCUCAAUAAUUCAAUUGAUAACGUAAAGCCAGCGCAAGACACUGGAGAUGUUAGUGAAUUAACAGAAAAGGCGGAUUGCUUAACAUCUGAAAAUGUUUGCGAUUUUAGUGAAAGCGACGCGAAUGAAACCGCAAAGGUUUCAUUUAGUCGAGAAAGCACGGAAUUUGAUGUUACGAGCAAUCAAGUGACCGAUGUAUUCCACACAAUGAUGGAUCAAGCAAAAAAUAUAAACGAGAAAUUGAACAUCGCUUUAGAUACCGAGAAUAUCGCAAAGUUAAAAAAUGUAAAUGAACUUAUUACCGAAGAGCUGCCUAUUCCGUGCAAAAGAUUCAAAGAAGAUCUCGCUGCCUGUGGUAAUGAAGACAAUAAAUAUGAUGUGAAGUCGCAAGAGGAAUGUUUAACUAAGCCAUUUACGGAAGAAGUGGAUUUACCACCUGUUAAAACAGAAUCGGAUGUUAUGCCAGUAAAACUGGAAAAUGCAUUAGAUACAGAUAAAUCGUGGAAAACUGAAAGCGCGAGUUUAGAAGGAAGUGUAUCCUCGGAUGCCUUGUAUUCAAAUGCGAUAUCCGAGAAGAUGGAUAAUGUUAAUAAUUUGGACAGUUGCAACAAUCAAAAUGAGCCUUUUAGUAUAAACAUGAAUGUAAAUAAGAUUGCGGAAAACUUUGAUAAGAAUGCGCCUUCAAAUGUGAGUAAUGAAUCGACGAUAUUUCCUGCUCAGGAGAUUAUUUCAGAAAUUGAUAGUAUAAAGUCUGAUACCAAGAAAGAAGCUAGUAAGAGGCUGAUUGAUGCCUCGGAUAUAGAGGAUGUUCCUCCGUUAAAGUCUAAACCUCUAUAUUUGGAAACCGAUAAUAAGACACUGGAAAACUUAACAAGCUCUGAUAUGCAGAUCACUAAAACUUUAGAUACGUCCAAUGAGAUCGAAGAAUUAAAACCGCAAAUCGAGGAAAAAACGAAAGUACCAACGAUCUCUACAACGCAAUUGUUUCAAAACGAUUUUGAUACGGUAAAUGAUUCCGCGGCUGUUGCGCCGAUAGAGGAAGAUACGAAGAAGAUUGAUUUAGAAAUUGUAGAAAUUAAAGAACCUUCGGAAAUCCCAGAUAUCGAGAUGAAAGAACUUCCUGAAACUUCUGACGAUUCAACGGGCAUAGACAACGAAAGUGUCUAUGUACCGCCGGAAGAAACGGAUCCCUUAGCGGGUACUGAUGAUGAUGCUUUAAGAAAUAUCACUGAGGAAGUAUCUGACGCUUCUAAAAUAAGUUUUCGCGUAAAGCCGGCGACUGAUGUAGUUUAUGAAGGAUGGAAAUUAGACAGCACUACGGAAACGUCAAAGGUUUCGCGAAAGCGACGAAACAGUACUCAAACUGAAUCGAAUUUCGAGGAUGGAGCGAAGCAAGAAGACGAAGAAAUGGGUGGUAAAAGGAUGAAGUUACGUGCAAAACGUAUGCCUGAUAAGGAAUUGCGAAAGUCCAUCGAGGAAAGUCGUGAGGUAGCGAUGAGUUCCGAGGACGAGGCUGUGAAAUGUGGUCCCGAUAACGUAACAGAGCAUGCGAAUAAAGACGGUAGCGACGAUCCAAACAUUAUAAAAACGACAUCGAUUGACAAAAAGAUUAGAGGUCGUCCUAGGGGUAGACGAAGGCGUGGUUUUCGAGGUGGACGUCCCCGACCGAAGCACACGGAAUUUCAGGGCGAUCAGGCUGCUGCUCAUCCUGAAGAUGGAACACCUAUCGACGCUUUAAAUACAACACAGAAGAAACGAAAAAAACGAAAAAUGGUAUUGGGCUUAGAAAUAGGCAGAGACAUCUCGUUGGAGACAGACACACCAGUAUCAGCACAGGAUGAGACGCCUGUCAGACAAUCAAGAAGAAUAGCGCAGUUAAAGAUAAAAGAGCAAGCGGACAGGCGCAGAAUCGAAGAGGAAACUAUGCGUGAGAUAGAAGAGAAAAAGGAAUCGGAGAAGAAAAAGAGAAAAAAGCAAAAACCGGAAAGCGAGGAGGAAGUUAUCAUAAAGGAAAUUGAAAAAGAGAAAAAGUCCAAGAAAAAACGUCGAAAGAGGAAGAAAAAGAAGAUGCUUGCCAAAUUUAACGAAGCAAAUCCAUGGCAGAGCUCAUCCGGAUCUAGUAGUGAUGAGGAGAAUGAAAAUGAGGACGAGGAAGAGGAAGAGGAAGAUAUGGAGAGCGAGGGAUCCUUGCUUUUUAAAAGUGACCAUGAAUUUUCUCCGGAGAGCGAUCUCGAGAAGGAUCAAGAAUCUGAGCCAUUAAGACGCGCUAGAACAGCACAGAAAGCCCAAAACGAAGUUGAGGAAGCCGAAGAUGAAUAUGCUUGUCAAAAAUGUGGUAAGGCUGAUCAUCCCGAGUGGAUUCUUCUAUGCGACUCUUGCGAUAAGGGUUGGCACUGCUCUUGCCUCAAGCCUGCUCUUAUGCUUAUACCCGAAGGCGAUUGGUUUUGUCCGCCAUGUGAGCAUAAUUUAUUGAUGACUAAAUUACGGGAGACUGUAAAAACAUUGGAUCAGUCAACGAAAAGAUACGAAAAUGAAGUACUGCGGAAAAAGCGAUUAGCUUUUGUUGGCAUAAGUUUAGAUAAUGUACUUCAUAAAGGCGAAGGACAACCCGGAUCGAAAGGAUCGCAAACGUCCAGUCAAGAAUCAGACAACGAAUCUUCAGAUUCAUCUUCGUCGGGCUCCAGUUCCGACAGUAGCGAAAGUAGUGAAGAAAGCGAGGCAGUUUACCAUUUACGAGAACGUCGGUGCGCUAACACUUACAAGUUUAAUGAUUAUGAUGAUAUGAUUAAUGCUGCUAUUCAGGAUGAAGUUGAAGCGGUUCAAGGUGCGGGCAAUCAGGGAAGGGGCAAGGAUAUUGCAACGAUAGUCAAUGCAGAAAAGGAAGAGGCACAGGCUGAAGCGUUAAAAAUGACACAAUUAGAAGAUGACAAAGACGAUGUAGAAUCAAAACCGGAAAAAGAAAGUGACGAGGAAUAUAAGGUUGAAAAUGAAGAGAUGGUUGAUGAAAUAGAAGAGGAACAAAAUACAAUUUCUACAGUUGCUAGAAAAUUGCUAUCACGUAAGAAACAUCGGAAAUUGAAUAGUCUUGAUAUAAGCAGUGAAGAUGAUCCGGACAGUGAUGAAGAUUUCAAGGGUUCGAGCUCCGAAGAAGAGGAGGACUUUGAUGAUCAUAUUACAUCGUCCGAUGAUAGUAGUUUUGAUGUAAAACGACGUGGCAGGAAGGGCGAUUCGCGUCCUGUUAGAAGAUCUACUAGGGCGCGUAUGACUAAAGCCUAUGAUGAAGAUUUUAUUAACGAUGACAGUGACGAGAGUGAUCGACCAAAGAGAAAGAAAUCACGAUCUGCAUGGGGAGAUUCGGAUAGCGAAGACAGCGAUAAUUCAUGGAGACAGAAAAAGAAAAAAAGCAGAACAAUACCAACAUCUAGAGUCAGGACAAUACCCAAAACCAAGGGUAAAAAGAAGAAAAAGAGAAAACGUAUAAUUGAAUCUGAUAAUCAGAGUGAGAAUGAUGAAGAUGAUGAGCCGAAAGUUGAAGAACAAUGUGAACCUAAUUUGCAAGAAUUUAAUACCACUUUAAAUGAGAUGAUAGAUGUUAAUAAACAGGAGAAUUUUGAAACUUCUCCAGGCGAAGGCAAUGUUGAAAUAAAAGAUGAUGAAUUACAAGAAGCAGUAACAACAGUAACAGCUUUAGAUGUUACGAUUCCACAGAUUCAGCAGUCAUCGGAAACAGUAGCGCCGAUUCAGAAAAUUAAAAAAGACAUUGUGCCUAAACCGAAAAAGACUAUUAGACGAAAGAUUAUUUAUGGCGGACUUCCAGAUGAAAACAAACAAGAAGAAGAGGAAAUAUUAGGUAGGCGAACUCGAGGACGAAAGAUCAAUUAUCGAGAGGAAAUGGCAUCGGAUAGUGAGGAAGAACUCAAAAAAGCAUUGAUGAUGAGAAAGGCUGGCGAAAGCGAAGAUGAGUUUGUGGUGAACGAGACUGAUGAUAUAAAUGAUGAUGGAGAAAAAGAUUCUGAUUCAGGAGAUGUUUAUAUUCCUAAGAAAGAUGCCCUAAAAUUCAAAAAGAAGUCAUUGAAAGCGAAAAAGCCACGUUAUGACAAAAGCCCUGCAGGAAAGCGUAAGUCGUUAUCUGAUGACUUACCGAAACAAAGAAAAAAACCUGGACCGAAGCCGGGCAGCAAAAACAGAGGACGCAAGCCAAAGCUGAAAGAUGACAUGGACGGAGAUAUGAUUGGCGCAGUCAUGGACAAUCCUAUCGGUGACAUAACAUCUAAAAUGGAUGAGAAUUUUCCAGAUAACGUUGGAUUAACGGGCACAACAAUGUCAGUAGCGAGUUCUUUUACUGGAGACGUUCCUGAAGGUUCGCUGACCGGUCUUGGUGCAGGGGAGCUGGCUGAUUUAGACGAUGAGCAGCUUGAGCAAAUGAUGGAUGAAGAGUACGGACGGCGACAGCUGGAACUCGCAGCAAUCGAAAUAGCGAAGAAGAAAAAAAAGGAAGAGCGGGAAGCCAAGAAGUUAGAGAAAGCACGUCAGAAGGCCCUAGAGAUAUUGGCUGCGGAAAGACAGAGGGAUCCAAAUGCACCCGAAGGAACGGACGGUGAGGCGCCUAAGAAGAAGAAGCGUGGACGCCGUAGUAAAGCUGAGAUACUCGCUGAACAGAUGCGCAGGGAUGGCGCACCAAAUCUGGGUAUUGCGCCGGCAGCAACCAUUAGUGGGGACGGCAUGAGUAACAUGUCACAUAAUAUGAAUCCUACCGCCUUAUCUGCAGGUAUGACUCCAGAAACUGACAGGAGCGUCGAAGGAGGUCACAUGCCUCUUAUGACUGGACCGGACGGACAACUUUAUAAUCCGGAUGGCACCCCAGUGAAGCCAAAACGACGAGGUCGCGGUAAGGGCAAGAAAACGCUUGCGCUGGAGGCGGCUAGAGCCGCGGAAGCGGCGGCUAAGGCCGCAGCCGAGGCCGGUUUGAUCGCCGGCAUGGGUACCGACUCGAACUCGGACAUGAAACAGAACGAUGUACCAAACAUUCUUCCUACUCCAGGUAGCAGCACGUCUGGCUCGGCGCCCUCCACACCACCAGCGAGUGCCGUGCCGACACCGGGUCCUCCGUCAACGCAGCCGUCGAAUUCACAAUCGGUUUAUCCAUCGCUACCACCUGGUCAACAGUCUUCCGUCAUCACAAGAAUGCUUCAGUCCCAACCGGUGUCAAGCACUCCACAGUCAUUUACCGCGGCGGCGGCCGCGAUGGGUCACAAGUAUUUCGGACCUAAUGCCAGUGGACAGAUGAUGGGCGGUCCACGAACAGGAUACGAGAUGCAACCACGCGCCAGAAUCCCAUCCCCUUACAGGCAGUCUGGUCAAUCGUCCAUGCCACCGCAUUUUGCUGCGGUCAGAUCGGGCACACCACCAAUGCGUAUGCGAGUACCCGGACCGCAGAUGUAUCACACACCACACCAUCCAAUGGAUCCGUCUCCAUCGGGCGGCGGACCGAUCUCCAUUAGUAAUAGGGAUCGCAGUUCGCCCUUGACGCCUGGUGGACCGGCAAUGAUUCCACCAUCGGCCGGUAGUCCAUUGGCCAAAGGUGGUCCAACGCCGCCACCGCCACCUCCACCAUAUGUUAGAGGUGGUCCGCCGAUAGCUAGGUUUGCCGAGAAUCCUAUGGGACCUAGGCAUCAGAUGCCGCCGUUUACCAAUGCCUCGCCUGUAAAUCACAACAUGCAGCAGCCUUCACCACCCCCCAGUCGACCACCUGGUAAUUUUUCACCGUAUCAUCCGCCUCCGCCUCCUAACUACCACUACGGUGCCUACCCGCCGCCUCCGCCAAUGUCCACGGCGGAUGACGCAGCUGCCUAUCAGAGUUCGCCGUAUCCUUCGGAGCAUUUCUCCUCGCCGGCAGAAAACCAACCGAUUCAAGGACCGCCUCAGGGGCCACUGCCGCAGCAAUCGCAUCCGAAUGAUGAAGAUCAUGGCACCGGCGAAUUUGGCGGACUGGUAUCCUACUUCAGUAGCCAGAGAGAGGACGAUCUCGAUUCGUAGCAUGAGUGAGAGCUUGGCCAACCCUGAAUCAUUAGGUAGAAGGAUCGUGUGCUCAGGUAAGACCGUAACUUUUGCUGCAGAGGGAAAAAGCAGAGGGUAACACAGACGCGAGUAGAGCACGCGUCGUACUUUGAACAAUCUAAAUUUUUGAGGACAUUAAUGCAUAUGGAAAAUAAAGCUAUCGAGUCUUCCUCUUCGACCUCUAAAGCAAAGUUGUCUUGCAAUACCUUGCACUUCUUACACUGUCGGAGGCAAAUCUAAGGUUGGCCAAGUAUAGAGUGAGCGAAAUGAUAAAUUAUAGUGACAGGGCGGAGCCUAUUUUUUAAGAGUUGUAAGUUUUUCUGUAAUUAGUUUUCAGUUUAAUUGGAUUUGUAUACAAUGACGAUCGCAAAAACUCUAAUUGUAGCGAAAACAAUGCGAUCGUUUCGUCUGCGAGAUAACGAGACGCGGAAGAUCUGACCAUUUUUUAUCAUUAUUCCUUAUUAUGAUCCGCCAAUGAAAAGUCAAGUGAAGUUAUUUCCAGAAAGUUUUAAAAGAUGAGAAUGGAACUCAUUCUUUUUGCGAAGAGUGGCGUGUCCUGUGAAAGAAAAUAAAAAAAUUGAUCUUUCAUAAUGAUGAAAAAGGAAUAAAAAUUAUCGAGUGGUUUUGAACGACAUCGUUAUUAACAUGUACAUAUUGUAAAUAUUCCGUAAGUCCUCUAGAUUAUAUAUAUUACAUGUAUUAUAUAUAAACACACGUGCAGUUAUGCAAAAUACUAUAAAGAUGGAUUAGUGCGGAAAGGGCACAAAUGUAAUAUUUAAAUUUAAUUCAAAAGAAUGACAUUUGAAUAUAAUAAAUUAACAAAUGGUGUGAAAACUAUUACUAUAAUUAUUUAUAAAGAAGAAGAUUAAGAAUUUAUGAUAGGCAGUAUAUUGUAUUUUACAAAUUUUACUUGAUAAUUCUAUGAGAAACCAUUAAAUAUAGUUAUAUUGGAGAACAGGAGGCUGCUUUAAAUGUAUCCUAUGUGAAUAAAUAGAAUGGAUUUUAACAAAACCAGCAGUUAGCGUAAUUGGCGAUGCAUGGGAAAAUUUUAUUACGUUACAUUGUUUAUAUGUAAUGAUAAUUUGAAAGAUAUUGUCUUGUUUAGACAUUAUCUGAAGGUUUUUAUGCAUUUCCAAUUUGUCAUUAUUCUAUUACAUUAAUAUUGAGUGUUAUUAUGUGAUCUACCUGAGUCUAGAUUUCAUCCAAUGUAAAAACCAUAUUCAUCGAGUGAGAUGUGAGUAGAGAAGUCGGACUAGUAUAAGUGUCUGAGGAUAUUUUGAAAAUAUAAUUAUACAAAAAGCGAUAAUUAUAAAAUAUCCUUUUUGAAUUAAUUUGACCAAUGCUAAUUUUAAUGUUAGUCAACAUAGAUUUUUUUAUAACAAAAGAUAAUAUACAUAGUUAAAAUUCAUUUGCAGAAUAAUUUUGAUCGUAUUUUUGCGAUCAUGCGAGUAAUCAUAUUAGCACCAAAUAUGAAAUGUGAAUAUCGGCCAGUCAACCUGCGUGAAUCGAAACAAACAUAAAUUUGUUUAGAUAAAUAUAAUUGCACUGAUGGCUGGUGAUUGCCUUCGCGUUUUGCGAAGAUUAAGUUUUUUAGUUUUUCAUAUCUUGUGAAUGAUCAUGACAGCCUCCUGCUCUUUGAAGUUAAGGCCGUUAGUGGCCGCGUGCGGAAGAAGAAAAGAUCAUGUAUCUGUUUAGUUACACACGUACAUACAUACCUAAUAUAAAUAGAAGCUAUAUGAAUAAACAAGAAAAGGAUAUUACAUUAUCUUAGGAUUAGCUUGCUUGGGAGAGUUUCCUUUACUACGUUGAACGUUUUGCGACCGAAUCGAACGGUUACACACAUAUACACGUAUAAAACACCCACAGACAUGUACACGAACUCUACAUGCCGUAUAAUGUAAUAGAGGGAUUUACUACCACUAAUUUUAUUAUUUUUACACCUAUUACGAUGUAUAUCGAUUGUGCGCAGUUCGAUGUACAAUCGCUAUUGUCUUCUUCUUUAGGCACAGCAUGUCUUUGGGGCCGCCGGUUCUUAGGCUGCGCCUCGAGGAAUCAGCAUCUGUCAUGAAAGUGAUUAGUUUUCUUUAAUGUGCAAUCGGCAGGAACUAUUAUCCUGCGAUCUUAUAUAUUGCAUCUUAUAUGAUUGCAAUGCAUUAUGAACGGUGAAUCGUAAAAAGUAGUCAUAGAGAUAUGUAUUUGGUUCACUUCGGAAGUUGUAUUUAGCGGGAUUCUUUUCUCGACAACGAGCUCCUACAGUAUGUGCAGAAUUAGGAACUAUGAUCAUUUAAGAACAUUUGAACGAUUUAACGCAUUAGCGGCCUUUCUUUGUAUCUUUAAGAACUUAAGAAAAUUAUAAUUAAAUUUAAGAAUCUUGAGAAAACGAUAUUUCUAUUAAAUUUCUUGAAUUUUUGAAAAAUAUAUCGAGAUCGUUGAUGCACUAAAUCGGUCCUUGUAUGUUCAGAUUAGAUAUAUUGGUCAGUAAGCAAGAUACCAUUAAAGAUCACUGAUAUAGUAUAGAAUACUUUAUAAGUAUGGAUAUAUAUUGAAAUUUACAUUCAGAUCAGAGAUAUUGUAUACAUUUUUUAAAUCUUUUUGUGCGCAGCAUUGCAUGCAUUUAAUAAAAUAUUCUCUAAUAUUUACAUAUAAAUUUAUAUAUAAAUAUAUUGUAUUAUACAAAUAUACAUAUAUAAUAUAAUAUAUAUAAAUUUAUAUACAUAUAUAUAAAUGAAUAGUUCAAUAUUCAUUUAUAUAUUGCUAUACGAUUUAUAGCUGUCAAAAAAUUGAGCGAUAUAUUAUGAAAUAAGACAUAAACACAGUUUUCUAAUUUGUAUGAAAAUUUUGGGAGCAUUGACAUAUGCUCAUCCUUGUCCUUAUAGGUAUUUUUCCUCGGGGCGUAAAUUAGCGAAGUGGCUCGUUAAGACAAUAGUAAACAUGGUGCAGUUUAGCUUUUUCUUUUGAUAAGGGUCUAGACCAAACGCAAUUAUAUUACAUGUUGUAGCCUAAAUAAAAGAAUUUUGUAAUAAAAUUCAAUAUAUUGAAAUAAUAUCA